AUGGAGGGCCCCACCGCCGCGGCGCCCCCGCCCGCCCCGCCCGUCCCGCCCGCCUCGCCCGCCCCCGCCCCCGCCCCCGCCCACCCGACCGUGGCCGACGUGGUGGCGGCGACCCACGUCGGGGCCAAGCGGCGGCGGGCGGGCCUCGCACCUCCUCCUGCCGCCUCCCCGGCUCCCGCCCCGGCCUCCGUCACCGCCCCGGUGCCCGCCCUCGCUGCCUCCCCGGCGCCCGCCCCGGCCACCAAGAAGAGCCGGCCGAAGGCGGCCUCUCAUGGGCCGCGAGGGGCGGCCUCCAAGGUCGCCGGCUCGUCCCCGGCCAUGACCAAGCCGCGGAAGAAGCCCGCGCAGCGGAACAAGCCCGCGGCCCCGCCCGCCGCCGUCGCCGAACCUCCUCCCGCCGCGCACGAGUGUUCGAGGAAAUGGCAACCCCAUCCUCGUUCAUGGACCUCCUCCAAAACGCGGAGGUGGACCUCGGAGCUCCGCCCCUAG